CCCCAGACCAUCCCCGGAGCCGGAAGUCACCGCUCCGCACUCCUCCCAAGUCCCAACUACCCGAGCCGGGACGCGAGCCGAUCCUCCGCGCACGCCACACCCCUACACGACGAGAGCAAAAACAGACGUGGGCGCGCACUACGCCCUCUACACACAUCCACGCGACCACGCGCUACAAGAGACAGCCACGCCACGCACACGAACGCCGCGAGCGACCAAAGGAGAAGACGACCAAGAAUUAGCCCGAGGUUCAGGUGGAGGCCGGAGCCGCACGCACGACCGGAAGCAAUGCACCACGCGAAGACGGACUCGGAGGUGACCUCGAGCAUGGCGCCGUCGUCGCCGCCUGCGCGGGCGGCCUACUACGUGCAGUCGCCGAGCCACGACGACGGGGAGCACAAGACCACGGCCGCCUCCUCCUUCCACUCCUCCCCGGCCGCCUCCCCGCCGCGCUCCCUCGGGAACCACUCCAGGGAGUCCUCCUCCUCGCGCUUCUCCGGCAAGGUCCUCCCUUCCUCCGCCGCCACCGGCUCCUCCCGCCGCACUGGCCCCGGCGGACGCGGCGGCGAGGCGGGUGCGGGAGCGGGGGGACGGCGCAGCAGCCCCUGGAUGAAGGAGGCGGCCAUCGAGGAGGAAGGGCUCCUCAUGGAGGACGACUCCGAGGACGCCGCCCACGGCGGCGGAUUCGCGGCGCUCCCGAAGAAGGUCCGCUACGGGCUCGGCUUCGUCGGCGCCUUCUUCGCGCUCUUCUUCUUCUUCGCCCUCAUCCUCUGGGGCGCCAGCCGCAACCAGAAGCCCGUCGUCUCCCUCAACAGCGUGACGUUCCACAACUUCGUGAUCCAGGCUGGGACGGACGCGUCGCUGGUGCCCACGGAGCUGUCCACCAUCAACGCCACCGUCAAGCUCACCUUCCGCAACACGGGGACCUUCUUCGGCGUGCACGUCACCGCGCAGCCCGUCACGCUAUACUACUCCCAGCUCCUCAUGGCCUCCGGCAACAUGAAGUACUUUUACCAGCCGAGGAAGAGCCAGCGCAACGUGGCGGUGACGGUGGUGGGGAGCAAGGUGCCGCUCUACGGCGGCGGCGCCGGGCUGAGCAGCACCCCGGGGCCCAAGGGCGCACCGCCGCCGCCGGUGCCGCUGCAGCUGACGUUGAGGAUCAGGGCGCGGGCGCUGGUGCUGGGGAAGCUUGUGAAGCCCAAGUUCUACAGCGACUUCCAGUGCAGCCUCCGCCUGGAUGUGGCCAAGCUCGGCAAGCCCGUCUCCCUCAAGAAAUCCUGCACGCACGUCUAAUUAAGCUGCCAUUUUUGUUCUUCUGUUCCUUCUUUUCUUUUUGCCCUCAUGUUGUCGUUGCAUAUGUGUUGAUGUAAUGUGAUAGUACCUUGGAUAUAUGAUUUGGACGGUGGAGGAGGAAUUGCCGUAGUGGAUGUGUUUGUACAGAUCAGUUUUGUUGCAGACAUUUGGGAUGGAAUCACGGAAUGGAUGGUUUGCUAGAUGAAUAA